CCUUAUCUUGUAAUCGCUCCGUGUAGGUGGCCACAUCGUCGCACCGGCAUCAGCAAGCAUCCUUUCUACAGGCCCAAGAAGGGACAUCACUAACUUCAACAAACAUGGAUCCACAAACGUUUCUAGACAUUGCCACUAAAGUCACAAAACUAAAGAUGUAUCCGUUUUUCGAUAUAGCACAUUAUACUUUGAUGUGCAUGGCUGUGAGAGAGGAUAUUCCACAAACCAGUUCAGGGUCACCAUUUUCCAGAAAACACCCGUUAUCAUGUUGGCUGUCCAGUAUGCUGCUCUGCUUUGGAGGCAGUAUCAUUGCCAACAUGUUGCUAGGGGAGAGUAUGCUGUCACCAUUCAAAGACCACCGGAGUGUCCUCACAGCCACAGCUGUCUGGUAUCUUAUCUUCUAUUCCCCGUUUGACAUUGUGUACAAGAUUGGCCGGUUCCUCCCCUGUAAGUUAGUUGUGGCAGCACUUAAGGAAUGUCAAAGAGCACACAAAGUCUACCACGCUGUCAUUCAUACUGCCAAGCUCUACCCUAACGCCUACUUUGUAAUAAUUCUUAUAGGAACGGUCAAAGGUGCUGGAAGUGGUUUAAUGAAGAACUUUGAACGGCUGGUGCGAGGUUUGUGGAUCCCAGGCACCAAUGAACUUUUGCAACCAUCUUUCGUUACCAAAGCUUGCAUUGUGGCAUCAUCUGUAUUCUUGCUGGAGCGACUCAACUACAUCACUGCACCCCACCCUCUUAUCUACUUCGGCAUUGUCAUCUUCUUUGUGUACUUCAAACUCUCGGCCCUGCUAUUAGGUAUUCAUGACCCAUUUGCACCAUUUGAGAAUCUGUUCUGUGCCAUCUUCAUGGGAGGUAUGUGGGAUGCAAUGAGGAGGGCAGUCACAUCUGAGAAGAAGGAGGAGGACAAAGAAAACAAGAAUGACAUCCCUGUCAAGAGCAAAGAGGACAAGAAAAAGGAUUAAGCUCAGUACAUAAAAUUCAUAAAUAUAGGUGUAGUAAUUCAAAUGAGAAUCAAUCUUUAGCUGAAUAAAUAAAGAUCUCCUCCUCAGAUGGAGUUUGAUUCAUGAAAAUUGGGCCUGCAAAAGGGAUUUUGUGAAUUGAUAUGGGGGAAGGGUUUGGAAAGCAUUUUGCACUGUUUUGAGGUAACUAGACAUUAAGAUGUCUUACAUUUCUUAUCUGUGAAAUUUUUAUCAAGAUCCUUGCAUUUAUUUUCCUCAAGGGUGUUCACAGAUUGAGAAAAAAUACAGCAUUAUCCUCACAGACAAAAGAGUUCCCUCACAAGUACUCCCUUUUGUAAUGAAGGAAUUACUGGUACUGGAAUUAUUUAUUUGUAUAUUCUUUUGAUAGAUGACUGGGACUAUUCAAUUUGACUUUUUUUAAUGUAGAUGAAAUAUAUACAUGUACCGGUCCUCUUUUUCAGUAUGAAUGUAUUUGUUUAAAAGAACAGCAAAUUGUUUUCAGAAAUGUGAACAUUUUCAUGAUUCUGUUUAUAUUAUCUGCAAAAAUUUACCUUGAUUUACAUUUUUUUGUAUGCUGUUUUUUUCUGAUCUGAACUUGAAAAAUCUCACCAAAUUUUGUAAUGUAGAUCUGUGACAUCUGAUGAAAGAUCUAGGUGACUUUAACUUAUUCACCAUAUUCUACUGAAGCAUUGGUUUCUUCAAUUUGUAAAAAUCAAAAGUUAACAGUUGUAUAUAUACCUGUACUACAUGUCAGAGCUGCCAUUAUAACCAUUAGAGAGUAAUUAUCAAUAAACUCAAUAAACAAAUGAAUAUAUUUUUUUACAAGUGUAAAUCACCAAAGAUCGCUAUAAUAAACUACCUGUUGUGGCUCAAUAAAACCAAAGUGUUAGAUGUGACUAUAAUGACUAAACUUCUGAGGCUGUUACUUCUAAUCACCAUUUAAUAGCAAGUUCUGAGGCGAUUAUCAUUUCAAAAAAUCGUUAGUAAGUUCCAAGGCUUUUACAUCUAAUCAUAACCGGCAAAUUCUGAAACUAUCGUCGGAAGUUCAAUGUCUAAUACACACAUCAAGUUCCAAAAGGAUAUUUUUGUUUGUCUUCAUUACGUUCAGAGACUGUAUGUUUAACCGUUAUUAGCGAUUGUAUACUCCCGGUAAGAAAUAUACUAGACAUUAAACAUUCCCGUACAUCCCCUAACUUACCCUUGUCUUGUGUAAAUGGGAGCUUGGUGCAGCUACAAAAAGUCAGCAAAUUCAAUCCAUACCAUUGUCUAUGGGUGUGAUAUCCUACCCAGCUUUUGUUAUGGGUACCAGCAAGAAAAACCAUCGAUUGAUGACUCCGAGUCGGUGAUCUACAGAUCUCACAACUGUUUUAUUACAUAUUGUAGAAGUUCAAAUUUAAUGAUAUUCGGCAUUCUGAAGCAAUAGGCCAUGAGUAUCUGCCAUUAACGUUUUUAUUUUAUUUGAAAAUAGAGUACAAAACUCGAUCCACAUCAACGCAAAUUUAUUUGCUUAUAGAGUGACAUCAUAUAUUUGAAAAAAUGUUAUGUAUAAUGUGGGAGGGCAUUUCCAUUGCAAAUGAAUUGCCUUGAUGAUUUUGGUUUGUCAGAGCUAAUUUUGCAGGUUAUGUAUAGUGUAGGAUGAUUUUCAUUUCAUGAUUUACUUUGCAAUUUAUGUUUCGUACUGAUAUAAGUUGUUGUUAAGAAGUGUAGUUGAUUUGUAUGGCAGAUUUAUAUGUUUCUCUGGUGUAUAAAAUCAAUAUUGUUUGAAUGUUUAGUAAAAGAGGAUGCUAAGUGAAUGUGUUUUAAUGUC